UUUAAUAGCCUGAGUUAUGUCGCAUCGUAAUUCAAAGCAAAAUGGUCAAAGUUUGAUGUCCCAACCUCCGUUAGCAUUCCGGCAGGUGCAUGAUAGUGAUUCGGAGCGAACUACCUCGGCAUCGCCUACUUCAAAUGCAACUGAUUUGGAAGGAGGAUCACCUACCCCAAGUAUCAAAACAACACCUCCAACGCACAGUCCGGAUCCAAAUGGCCAAAGGAUCUUCAUUCGUCCCAAUGGCAUUAAAGCGUUUGAACCUUUCGAUGCCCAUUGGAAAAUCAUAGAAAGCAUUACUCGGUACUUCCCCGAGGCUGUCAAGACCUAUAACAGUGCGCCUCAAAGUAUGAAAGAUAUAUGGUUUAAUGAAUUUAAGAAAGCAUGUAAGUGGAAUCCAGAAGAUGAAGCAAAGACUUUCUGA